CUAAACUCAAUAUUCUAUAGAUGCAGCAACUCCACCAGAAAAACCUGUCUCCAAACAAAAUGCGACUCUCAAGCGUUGCCUCCCUUCUAAUCCUCCUCGCGGCUGUCACCAUCGCUGUCCCUCUCGAUUCCAAGACAGCCGCCGACCCUAAUACCAACAUCGACUCGAACUCCAAGACCUUGAUCACCAACAGACAGGGACUUUUUUUGGGGUCUCUUUCUGUUGUCGGCCCCCUUCUUACAGAAAUUGUUGGGCCCCCUCCAUUUGAAGAUGAGUAAAGUCGAUGUCUCCGUCGUGCUUUGGGCUUUAGCUCCGUCUUCGCCCACGCGUUUUGUUUAGAUCGAAAGAUGGGAGUCUUGGGAAUAAGUUGGAGGUGGCUUUACCGGACUUGUAUAAAUCUAUUUUGUAUCCCUAAUAGAUUCUAAUGAA